CAUUUCGAUUUACGCUUAAGUUUGGCAAAUACACUUUGAGCUUUCGACUUUAAUGCGAAUAUUACGAAAAUAAUAAUUUAUGCGAUAUUGUUUAUAGAGUGCAAAAAAAUUAAAUAAGAAUGAAGACGGUAAUCUUCAUUGUGUUGGCACUUCAACAUGUGCUUGCGUAUCACGACCCUGAUCUGAACUAUCACCUGAGUCAGGUACAGAAAGUAUCUAAUUGCGAUAAUGGUUACUCAUACGCUGCGCCGUCGGUGCAGCUCACCACAACCGGCAUCAAAACGAUCUCAGCACCUGCUGCCAACUUAAUUUCACAACCGAUCGUCGCCGCACCCGCGUACCAGUACUCUGGCGCCUCAGGCUACUCGUCAAGUGGAAGCUCAGGCUACUCGGCUGGAGGCAGUGCAGCAUAUUCUACUGGCAUAACAUACCAGUCUGCAGCUCCUCAAAUUACAUACGCAGCACAACCAUCUGCCUCGUAUCAAUCUUCAUCAUCCAACUACAACAACUACGCUUCACAAGGAUACACCACUAAAGAAUUUCACGGUUACACGACGUCUGCUGGUCUGUCAUCAGCUGCUUCAAGUGGCAAAAGUGUACGACCACUCGCCACAUACGCCCAAGCACCGAUACUCGCCAAAGUGACCGCGGCUCCACUUAUCGCCAAGUUCUCGAUAGCUCCUGCUAAGACUUCUUAUGUGACACAAAACUUGAUAGCUCAACAAGCUUAUUCCACUGGAUCAGCAGCAAAGGCAUCCCUCAACUCCUACAGCAGCAUCCAAACAGGAGGACCGGUCGUCUCACAAGUGUAUGCCGCUCCAUCUGCAGGAUACGCAACAUCGCCCGCUUUGAGAGUGCAGCAACCACAAACCUUUGGACAGACACAGUACUCGGCCGUCUCAGCACCGUCUGUCGCUCAGUAUGCUCAAUACAGUCAAGUUCCGGUGGCGGCACCGGGUGCUCACUUCGUUCCAGCAGUGUCACAGUACUCCACAUCUUCUGUGUCCCACGCGUCUGCGCCAUCUUCGAACUACUUCACACCAGCCGUAUCCCAACAUUCUGGUGCAUCAAUCAGUCAGCAGUACUCUGCACCGGUAGUGACGCAACAUUCUGCGCAGUACGCGACUCCGGUAGUGGCUCAGUAUUCAGCUCCUGCGCAAUAUUCAGUUCAACAGUCUGCUCCUGCUGUGGUGCAGCAUUCGGCGCCUGUGGUUGCUCAGUACUCCGCGCCGGCCGUGGCGUCAGUGAGUCAGUACGCGAGUGCUCCCGUGGGUGUGGCGCAUGUGUCCUCGCCGGCCUACGCCGCGGUGGCCGCGCCCGCUGUUGCGAAGGUCGCGGCAGCACCCCUCGUCAAGAAUGUUCACACAGAAUUCUUGGAAAAUUAUGACGCCCACCCGCGGUAUGCUUUCGAAUACAGUGUCAAUGACCCUCACACCGGUGACAUAAAGCAACAGAAAGAAGAAAGAGACGGCGAAGUCGUUAAAGGUCAGUAUUCUCUGGUUGAGCCGGACGGGUCCGUGCGGACGGUGAACUACGUCGCCGACUGGGAGACUGGCUUCCAUGCCGACGUACGCAACAGCAAAGACAAUCAACAUUAGAAGUAUCUACGAACAAAAUUCGGAAAGGCACCACGGCUGGUUCGAAUGCUUGCCUUAUUUGGUCUGACCACCUGUUAAAGCCUAAAUUAGGUCCUGAUCUAAACGGUCUUAGCUUAUGAUUGUAAAUAAAUUAGUGAAACGAAUCGAAUUGGAUAAGGACGGAAGUCGAUAGCCUUGUUAGGUCAGGCAUGUGUGCAAAAAAUGUGAUUUAUGUCAGUCGAAGGAUAUUCAGCUGAUAUUUGCUAGAUUUUUACAUUUGUAAGUAAAAUAUUAUCAUAAAUGUUUAAUUAUUAGGUAUCACGCAUACUCGUUUAAUUAUGUAUCCAAAUAUACGUAAGAUAUACACAAAUGUGAAAUCAUGUUAUGGGCUUUUAGUAGGUAGGCCCACCUUCGUCUACCACUUUCGACAUGAGCUAUUUACUUAAAUUUGAUCCGAAGGUUGAAGACAUUAACUAAUAGUGCCAUCAAAAUCCAUUCAGUAGUUUUAAGAUAUACAUAUCGCACUUUUCUUUAAACUGGUGCUACCUUGAAUGUAAACCUUUUACU